AUGGCGGAAGCAACGGACCCCAAGGAUGUAGCCAGCAACGGUUCACUGAUCGAGGCAGCCCUGAAUGGAAAUGUAGAAAUUGUGCAGCGUUUACUGGAGGCUGGAGCAGAAGUGGACAAGACUGAUAAGGAUGGUCACACUCCGCUGUUACUAGCAGCCAACGAGGGACAUGGGGAUGUUAUGCAGCAGCUGCUGAGGGCUGGAGCAGACGUGAACAAGGCCAAACAAGACGGAACCACUCCACUAAUCAUAGCAGCCCUGGAGGGACAUGUGGAAGUUGUGCAGCAGCUGCUGAAGGCUGGAGCAGACGUGGACAAGGCUGAUGUGACAGGGUAUGGACAUGUGGAAGUUGUGCAGCAGCUGCUAAAGGCUGGAGCAGACGUGGACAAGGCGGAGCAGACAGGAGCCACUCCACUGUACAUAGCGGCCCAGAAUGGACAUGUGGAAGUUGUGCAGCAGCUGCUGAAGGCUGGAGCAGAGGUGGACAAGGCUAAGCAGGACGGAUCCACACCACUGUACAUAGCAGCCCAGAAGGGACAUGUGGAAGUUGUGCAGCAGCUGCUGAAGGCUGGGGCAGACGUGGACAAGGCUAUGCAGGACGGAUCCACACCACUGUACAUAGCAGCCCAGAAUGGACAUGUGGAAGUUGUGCAGCAGCUGCUGAAGGCUGGAGCAGACGUGGACAAGGCUAUGCAGACCGGAUUCACACCACUGUACAUAGCAGCCCAAAAGGGACAUGUGGAAGUUGUGCAGCAGCUGCUGAAGGCUGGGGCAGACGUGGACAAGACUAGGCAGGACGGAGUCACUCCACUGUACAUAGCAGCCCGAAAGGGACAUGUGGAAGUUGUGCAGCAGCUGCUGAAGGCUGGAGCAGAGGUGGACAGGGCUUGGCAGUUUGAGACAUCAACAGAAGAGUACACAGACAUAACUCCGCUCCAUUCCGUGGCUCAGUCAGGUGACUUGAACAUUGUGAAUCUUCUGGUCAGUGCAGGAGCGGACACAACAUGUACAAGAAAGAUCAAGGAUAAAAUAACCGAGCAAAUGAAAGAACAGAAUCCCUAUGAUGUUGCUUUGGAAGGAGGCCACAACCUCAUAGCCUACACAACUUGGACCGCCAGCAAGAGUAGGACAGCUAGCAAACAAACUGCCGUCGCGUUUCCCACGAAGCUUUCAGAGCACCGCACCGCAAUUGAAACACGGCAGGAAACAGAGAAGAACAUCAUUUGGACCAUCAUAACAACAGUCCUAAGUGAGCACGUCGGGCGGAGAUGGAGGGAGCUGGGCCGUCGUCUGGGCAUCACAGAGGUAGACUUGGACGACGUCCAGUACAGGUGUGACAGGGACCGGGGAGGACUGAAGGAGAUGACUGUAAGGAGUCUGAAGUUGUGGCUGGACAGGCAGAUGUACUGGCCAAACAUCUUCGACGUGUGGUGGGCACUGCAGAACAUGCAGAUGGCAGAUGUGGCAGAUCUUGUUACAAAGACGCUAAGUAACGAGCGUAACCUCGCCGGGGUGAAGGACGAUAUCAAGAACGACGACGAAAACCGACAGAAGAACAAAGAGGGAUUAACGAAGGAGGAAGGAGAUGUAAGUGGUGUACAAGUUGUACAAAACAUUCUACAUAAAACAGACACAUGCAUAUUUCAAUACAAACAACUCGUUGCGAAAACACCAACGUCCCGCUUUGUACACAAUGCCAACUUUCAGAAACAUUAA